CUCAAUGUGACGGAGCUGUCGUAUCUUGACGUGGCUGCUACGUUUUUGAAAAUUUAUCCACUCGGAUUGUGGCAAAGUUGGUGACGAGAAAUACGUAACUGAGCAACAGCAAAUCAAGUAGAAGAAAGAACUGUUUUCACAGCUAUUAUUGCCACAUUUAGUUUGCUUGUGGUUUUUAAUGAGCAUGUGUAUAAAAAAUAUGAUGAAAUACCUCAUGAGACUGCAGAAUAUAAGAACAGCUGAUUGAAAUCAGAAAGUUUCUUGGCUUUUGAAAUGAAAACUACAAAAAAAAGAAUGCCAUGGAUACUUUAGUAGAGGAACAGAUUUCUGUUGCAGUGUCUUCCUCACAAUCGGCCAUUGAUCGGGCCACAACAUCCUCUAAUCAGACUGGUCAAAAUGGAACAGCUCAACCUACAGGAAUACUUUCAGCCAGCUCCCUUGUCUCAGGAACACAGGUCAGAGGCAAUGGAACAAUACUGCUUAUGCCACGUGCAUCGGAGAAAAAUAUUGCCACAACGGUGUCUUCAACGACCCAGGCCAUCGCUGUACCUCAACCUGGAGGUGCCGUUUCCAUAGUGCACGUUUCUAUCCCUAGUGGCACUCAACCAAUGCACGUACAGUCUGUUAUUCAACCUAACCAGCAGUCUGUAAUACAAGCACCAGGAGGAACUGGACUACAGUCGCUGGGAAAGAAUGUGAUCCUGUUAAACAAGGGAUCAGUUAUUCACAGUGCCGAGGGGGAUGGAGGCGUCCAUCCUGUUCAGCUCAUCACAACAGCCAAGGGGGAUGGUUGUGAUGGCGAUGGAAUCACACUCGCAUUAAGCACUGCAGAAGACGAAUCGAGGAAGAGAAGAGAAAUCCUUGCUAGGCGUCCUUCCUAUCGUAAAAUACUGAACGAACUUUCAUCUACAGAACCUGUAGUUUCUCUUGGCACCAAUGUUGAGGUGAAAGAAGAAAGUGGAACAGGAGGCGACAACAUUCACGAGUCAGACACCAGCACGGCAUUGGCAUCAAACACUAUCACAGUUGCAGGAACACAAUAUCACACUGCACAAGGUUUGUUGAAGGUAGUUCCAGCUUCAGCCAUUCAGCUGGCCACGGGCUCACAGGAUGGCACCCUCCAGGGAUUGCAGACACUGACUAUGACCAAUGCUGGCACUGCAGCUACAGGGACCAUUGUUCAAUAUGCUCAGGGUCAAGAUGGCCAGCAGUUUUUGGUUCCAGUUACCUUGUCAGCUGCUGACCUUCAGGCCUAUCAGAUCAGGACAGCAGGAGUGACCACAAGCACUGGGCUCCCCCAAGGUGUUGUCAUGACACCAGCUUCAACCAUCCAAAAUCCCCAACAGUUAGCAGAAGAGACGUCACGGCGAAGGGAACACAGACUUCUAAAAAAUAGAGAAGCAGCAAAAGAAUGUCGAAGGAAGAAGAAAGAAUAUAUUAAGUGCCUGGAAAACAGAGUGGCUGUCCUCGAGAAUCAGAAUAAGGCCCUCAUUGAAGAAUUGAAAUCUCUCAAGGAGUUGUAUUGUCAGAAAAAUGAAUGAAGUUUCUUCCAUCACCUUUAGCUGUGAUUUAACCUGACCUCCUCCUUGCUCCUUUGGGCCUGUUAAAUGUCCUGAGCCUGUGAAAUUACUUACUACUUGACAAGAAGGUAGUUUGGAAGAAUAAAAUUCUGAAUGAGAGAUACUUUAGAUAUGUGAAAUUUAAGGCUUAUUAUCUAGAAACCUAAAGUGUCACCUGUAAGUACCGUAAGAGGUUCAAAGAUGUUGUUAAAUAAGGAAAAAAUUAUAUAAUUCUGUGUUACUGUUAUAAAUUCUUGCUGUUUUAUGUAUCAUCCCACCUUAAAUGUUUUCCAGCGUGUUUAUGUAAAAUAACAUAGUUAAGUUAAUUUACUCUGCUUCUAAGAAAUUGGAGUUCUAUUUUUGCCUGAUUUUAAUGUUACGAUUAAUAUCUUUUCUUGCUUUUUGUUUGAGAAUAUAUGGAAGUUGAGUAUGUUAUAUGUUAAAAUGAUUUUUACCCUAAUCACAUUCUUUACAUUACAUGUUGCCAUGUCUGGUCCUGCUCUAUCUGACAGCUUCCAUCUUGACAAUAACCAUGCAACACAGUUUUCAUUGUAAAAGUCUCCGUCAUAAGGCUGUUAUGCCCAAAGCACAUUACUCCUCCCUGCAGCUUUCCAUAAUCCAUCUGGUAUACGAGGAUGACAGUUUCGCAGUGCUCUAGUUGUCUUGCAACCCUUUACAUAUACCUAUGUCUUUUAAGCAAACAUGUUUUGUUACCACUUUUAAAUUUAUUUGUUUUUCAUGCUACAUUUAGCAGUUGUUGAAUGAUAGUUAGGGUUAGGCAUACACUUACUCGAAGUGAAGGUGGGUAAUUUUGUAAUCUAGGAAAUGUUUUUACAUUUUCUGCUGAAAUCUUUCAUUGUAUAUAUUAAUGAAAGUAAGCAACAGUAACAAUCUAAUGAUUAAUUGGAACUUACUUUAGGUGAAAAAUCUUGCAAGACAAUUUUACAAUUGAAUGAGAUAUUUUUGUUAAUAUCUAUUUAAGUUUUUACUAUCCUGCUUCUCCAGUAAGAACUCGCAUUUUCUUAAAUAAUGUUUCUAACUUUACUUAUAAGUCAAAAUCAAAUGUUUCUUUAAUAAACGAUUAUUUAUUGCUCAUAUAUAAUAAUUCUAUUUAAUGUUUUUCCUUUGCUUUCAUUCUCGUAUAAUAGUUUAGAAGUCUAUUUGACUGAAUUAAUAGAAAUUUUAUGAAAAGGCAUUAAACUCUCAUUUUUUUAUUGUGUGAAUUGUAGACACAUAAGAAAAAAACAGAUUGUCUUGUUAUAUUUGUCAACAUAAUUGCACUAUAACUUAAACAACUAACGUUCUCUAGUGUUACUUGUUCGCAUGCCGAACUUUGUUCUACUUUAUGAUAUGGAUUGUGUUUUCAAUAAAUAUCCUGAGCUUAGGUCGAAGAAAGAUUAUCAGUGGAACUUGCUAGAAGAUGUCAUCGUCGUAGCUAAUAAAAAAUAACAGUCUUAUUGGGUGGACUGAAAAGCUUACAUAAAUUAUGGUAUUGGCCUGCCCUACUCAGUUGGAAGCUUCUGAUUUUGUAAGAAAUGUUAUCUUUGAAAUGUAAUUUGUAAAAUUCUGAAUAAUACUUCUGUUAUCAAGAAUUCUGUGUUCUAAGUUAAGGUUAAGACACAUUUCAGAUACUGAGAUUUAAAUUUUGAAGUAAGUUGUAUUUUUUGCUUUCUAUCGUUUGAACUGAUUUCAUUAUCAUACAAAAUGACAAACUCAUUUAGUUUAUGUGUGAAAUGUCUUUCAGAAAUUCACAUGUAAGUACAACAUUCACAUGCAUACAAAUAGUGAUGUAGGCUUUUCUUACCUUCUGUAACUUUGUGAGAUGAACACAAUAAUCUGUUCUUUUCACUAGUAUUAUCAGUACAUUUUUUUAGGCAUUAGAAACAGCAAAAUAUCAUUUUUAAACUCACCGCUAAAAUGUUUUUGUUCAUUGUGUGUCUUUGUUUCCGGAAGGAUAUUGCCUAUGAUAGUCUAAGGCUACAAAGCUUUUAAAAUAGAAUAUCAAAUACGCAUAAAAGUAUAUAUAUUUUUUAUACAUAGAAUAGAAUGUGAUUCAGGAGAUCAUGUAAUAUUGGUAAAUGUUGUCAAAUAUUCAAAAUCAGUUUAGUCCCGCAUAAAGUUUAAAAUUCAAUACGAGUAUUUCACUUUAAAAUUAUCUAUAUCUAUAUCAUUGCUAGCAAUUGCUAAUUGAAACAAUUCAACAGUAAUUUUCCUAAAAAUAGUGAUGAAUAAAUAUUAAACGUGCAGUCAACCCAAUCCCUUGGAUCAGAGCGUAUAUGCAAGAUAAUUAUCUGGUGGGCUGUUUAUAACCGUCUUUUGUCAUUCCAUGUGUUAUUUCAAUAACAAAAAUUACACUACAUUUUUUUUUAACCAAAUGAAACUGACUGCAGUACAUUGUAAGUAAAAAAAUUUAUAAGUUUUAAUGCGACGAGUGUAUCCAGCCCAAUAGAGCACUGAGGUUCACCAAGUAACCAUGGGGAUUUUCUCCCCUGGAUGCUGCCAUUCCUUGUCAUUUUAUUGAGUGCAAGAAAAGACAGCUAUCAAAGUGAGCACAGUUGUCGUUUCUAUAAGAAGUGUCAAAGGGGAUAUAUUCAAUUCAGUUGAUAUUUAUUUGAUAUGGUACAACAAAAUCAUACAUAUAUAUAUAAUACUAACAUGAAACAAAAUUAUAUUUGUAUAUAAACUAAACAACAACAGAUAUAUGGUGAAACAUGUACCUGUCUUUAUGCGUCUUUUCCAUUCUAUCUUCAGUCAAUGAAGGAAGUCCCAUUUCUUUUUGUGAAAGUCCCUCACAAAAAAAGAAACAUUUUUGCUCAUAAUAAGUUUUUGUCAGAUUGACUAUUCAGUACGUAUAAAGACUGACGAAGCAAUGUGAAAUUUCAGGGAAUUGCAGAGAAAAUGAAUCAUUUUCUUUUAUUGCACUCUUGAAAAUAAACAUUUGAUAUAUAAUUUUUUUCUAUAAUUAUCCAUUCAGGAGAUACAGAGCAUGAUAGACCGAAGGACAUUUGUCUAUAGAGUGUUUAAUUAUGUAAUUAAACUGUCAUAUGUAACAGCCAUUCUGCCAAAUACAAGACGUGAGCUUUUGAGGAUAACAGUUAAACUACUGCUUGUAGCAACACUCGUUUGAAGAAAUACACAUUAAAA